AUGCCCACAGACGAGGGGGACUUCCUCUCUCCACGAGGGCCGGGUGGGUUCCCGCCCGGCAGCCCAGCUAACGGCCUCACCAGGAACCGCGAGGAGCGGGAGUCGGGAAAACCCGGGGGCUCUGUGCCCACCAGCCGACCCAGCCUGGAGGGCCUGGCGGGGCCGCGGGUGUCAGGGGAUGCCGCCCCACCGCUCCCGAGGCCCUGCGGUGCGCUCUGCUACGCGCGUGCUACCCGGCGCGCGCCUAGCCUUGGCCAGCCCGGGACCGCCCCAUGUGACAGGAAAAGGGCACAGCCCCUGUAA